UUUAUUGUUGGAAGUCGGUAUAAAAUGUUGGCACGUUAGUGUUUUAUCUUCUUGUAAGUUGUAAUAAUAAAAUUUGGUGACCGCCUUAUAAAAUUAAUUUCUACCUGUGUUUCCAUGUCUCACUCUCAUCUUCUUCCGUAAAGCAUUGCUGCUGAUUUGUGCAUUCAAGGCUUACUGAAGCCAUGGUGAGUCCAUUUGGCCAGAUGAUUCAUCAGGAUUUAGGUCCUCCAUGGUUGAAACCAAUGCUUAGAGCAACCUACUUUGUAGCUUGUCCAGUUCAUGGAGAUUCAAAUAAAAGUGAAUGCAAUCUCUUCUGCUUGGACUGUGUGGGAACUGCGCUCUGUUCCUACUGUUUGAUCCAUCAUAAAGAUCACCGAGUUGUCCAGAUAAGGCGAUCUUCAUAUCACAACGUGGUGAGGGUGAACGAAAUACAGAAGUACAUCGAUAUAUCGUCUGUCCAGACUUACAUUAUCAAUAGCGCCAAGAUCGUAUUCCUUAACGAGCGCCCUCAGCCAAGGCCUGGAAAGGGAGUCACCAACACUUGUGACAUGUGUUGCCGAAGCCUUCUUGAUUCCUUCAGAUUCUGUUCGCUUGGCUGCAAGCUGGGAGGCAUGAAGAGGGGCGACGCAGACCUGACAUUUACGGUGAGAAUGAAGCACAACAGGGACCCCUUCCUGGGUGGCUCUGAAUCUGACGAGUCUUCUACUCCAAAGAAAAUAAGAAAGACGCAUGCUUUCAACCGUUUGAUGGAUGGACUAUCCCUUUAUUCAUCGGAUGGACAUAGCUCUGGCGAUGAUGCUGCCACCAACAUUUCUCCAUCUACUCCUCCCAUCUACAACCACCGGAAUGCAAGGAGAAGAAAGGGUAUACCUCAUCGAGCUCCAUUUUAACAUAUCUCAUAUUACAUUUUCAAACAAAAUAAAACCAAGUCAUAAUUGUGGGAAAUGUUGGGAGCUUCUUAUGUAAAAAGUAGCUAGAUUGUGUUGCUAAUAGGUAUGGAUAAGAAAAUAGUCCCCUCGUGUACUAUUUAGUAAGCAGUGUUGGGAAUUACAGAUUAGGAUAGAUAAUGAUAUAGAAUAUGAAUGUACAGAUGAUGAUAUAUAUAGAUUCUAGGUUGAAUGGUGAUGGACAUAUGUAUAUGUACAGAAGAAUGUGUACUGUCCAAAUAGCAUGCAUAUUGAUAUGUUUACUCUUUUAUUUUAAAAUACAACUAAUUUAUAGUA